GGAUCAUGUACACGGCACUAGUUAAACGAUCAGUUGUGUAUCAGUUGUCAUUUAUUAACGUCCGGAAUAACGACAUGUGUGGUGUUUUUGUUAGACCGUUCGAGCGCCUCCUCUAAGCAUUGUGUGUGUCUAAAUAAAUCAUAAAUUAAAUCUUCAUAAUAUAACGGUAGCAAAUCAUAAAAAAUAAUAACGAACAAUAAAGAUUUAAUGUACUCGUAUUUUUUAUUACAUUAUCGUGUGUGUUGAUCUAGAGUACAACAUUUAAUAAUUUAAUAUUUAUAUAUUUAUAUAUUUGUUUUUAUUAUUAAGAAAAUGUUUUAAAUUAAAUUCGCAUACAAGUGUUAACCCAAAAGUCAACUGACGAACAUUUCGAAGUUUUCAUGAAGUGAGAAACGAAACCUAAUGUUUUUUCGUUUAGUUUUCUUUAAAUUUUUACUUGUAUUCAUUUUCGCGUCAUUUGCGAUAUUUAGUUUAUAUACUAAGUCAAUAACAAAAAAAGAAAUGAAAACUUUUUAAAAACAAACUAAAUUCGUUCUCGUUAUCUAUAAAUGCUUUAAAUCAUUUUUAAUCAAUCCCUUAAAAAUUUUAUUACAAGGAACUUAAACAAAAAACAAAAAAGAGGAAAAAAUUCCAAAACUAAUUCCCAAGGUCAAGGUCAUUCAAAAGGAAACUUAAAUAACUUGUAAGCGUUAAACAAACGGAAAUAAUGCGCUAAACAAACGGAAGUAAUUUUUAUGAAAUCAUGUAAGAAAACCUUAUUAACUUCAGCGGAAUUUCUUCUAACUUAUCAGCUCGUACCCACAACCUAAGAUUGUUCCAUGGGAACAUGGAUCUUUUAAAGCAAAUGCGUGCAAAAUUUUUCAAUUCUUCCACUUCUACCGAGAGCGAGAGUAAAGAUACUCCCACCUCGGACAAAUCAGCUUUAGAACCGUUAGCCGAUCCGGGACGUUUUCAGCGCCAGAUUACCAUAGAACCUGAACCAGAUUCAUUGGACAGCGUUUUCAGUAAUCCUCAGUCCUAUCCAAUCACAAUAAUACCUAAUCGUCCGAGCACCCUCUAUGGACUAACACAGAAUAGCAAGACUUUCCAACGCCAAGCGAGUUGUAGAUCGCGUAAUUUUCGCCCUGGUAGUAUGCGCAAAGUGCGCAGGCGUGCAGUGUUCAAGAAUGGCGACUGUAAUGUUAUCCAAAAAAAUUUAACCCGUCGACGUUUGCGGUUUUUGCAAGACAUGUACACCACUCUCGUGGAUUCACAAUGGCGCUGGACGUUGUUGGCUUUUGCUAUGAGUUUUAUAUUAUCGUGGCUUUCGUUCGCGGUAUUGUGGUGGUUGAUCAUGUACACCCAUGGCGAUCUGGAAGAUUUGCAUAUGCCCGAUAAUCAAGGGGGGGAAGCCAAGUGUUUUAGUUAAAAUUGUUUUACCUCUUGCUUUCUCUUCUCAAUUGAAACGCAACAUACGAUUGGUUAUGGUAUGCGCACGACAUCCGAAGAAUGUCCGGAAGCGAUAUUUAUGAUGUGUAUACAAUCCAUUUAUGGCGUUAUGUCGUCCGCCUUUAUGGCGGGUAUUGUGUUUGCGAAAAUGACACGAGCCAAGCAACGAGCUCAAACUUUAUUAUUCUCCAAGCAUGCUGUGAUCUGUCAACGCGAUGGUUGUUUGACGUUAAUGUUCCGAGUGGGUGACAUGCGUAAAUCGCAUAUCAUUGGUGCUGGGGUUAGGGCUCAAUUAAUACGUACGCGCACCACCAAGGAGGGCGAAGUAAUGACUCAACAUUUUACCGAACUUGAUAUUGGAGCAGAUGAAUGUGGUUCCGAUUUAUUCUUCAUAUGGCCCAUGAUCAUCGAACACAAGAUCGAUGAGAACUCGCCGCUAUAUAAUAUGUCUGCGACGGAUUUAUUACACGAUAAAUUUGAAAUUGUCGUAAUCUUGGAGGGUACGGUAGAGUCAACAGGGCAAUCGGCUCAAGCUAGAUCGAGCUAUAUUAACACAGAAAUUUUGUGGGGUCAUCGUUUCGACCCUGUAGUAGUUUACAAUAAAGAUUGCCAGGCUUAUGAAAUCGACUAUGCGCGCUUUAAUGAAACCACACAAGUCGAUACACCAUUGUGCAGUGCUCGGGAAUUGAACGAAAUAUAUAAAAUACAAGAAGGUUUUCGCACACCAGAAACCACAUUUACUAUGCGCCAAUUGUCCUGCAAUGAAUAGGCAUUAAACAGAAAUAUCAUAAAACAAGGGAGACACUAACAUAUAUAUAUAUGUAUAUAUAUAUGUGUACAUCUAUAUAUAUAUAUGAAAAGUUAAUACAACAUGUACAAUAACAUAACACACUAAUUAAAAGGAACAUAAAGUGAAAAGAUAAGCAAAAAUUGGUGAAAAGAUAAACAAACACAAAACAAGUAGAGAGAGAAUCGCUUAUAUCAACUGGUGUUUGUCUCGUAUAAUGUUACAUGUAAUCGUCUAAUUGUGCAUCUUGCUUACAAAGAACAAAUUAUAAAAUACAUAAAACUAUAUCCUUAUUACAUCUAAUUAAUGUAAUUACUUUAAAUAAAACUUAAUUGAUGAUAAUUGAGGUUUAAAAAUGAAUUUUCAUUGGCUUUAAUUUUCUAAAAUUAGAAACAAUUUUAUCCAUA